UUUGAACCUGAUCUGUUCAUGUUAGUUUACCAUGGUUACGACUUAGCCCCAAUAUAACGUGAAUAUUUGCAUGUGUCAUUCCCUCAUAUAUUUUUUUCCUUUUUCUCCUUAUGUUUGAUGACAUAUUUAUGCUAUAUUCGCUUUGCUCAGGAUAAAUAUAUUGUAAUUCCCUCAUUAGGUGAAUUUUUUGCCACCAUAAUAUCCUUGAUAGCGAUUUGAAUCUCUGAAAAAAAAAAUUCUUGGCCAUGCAUAAAAGAUGCUAUAAUUUUUUGGUCAUCGUUAACCGCUUGAAAUUUAUGAAAUGAUAAAUGCAAACAAUUGUUUUUCUCACAAUAUCUUACGGGUCCGUUUAUCGUUGAAGGCAACUUUCUGACUCCUAUUCUGCAAAUUUCUAAUCACAGCCUAACGAAAGCAAACAGUUCCGCAGAGGAGAAACUCAAACUGGCUGCAUGUCGCCAGAAGAACUGAAGAGAAUCUUUCAUUCAAUUUUUCUUCAUUCUCUUUUCCUCUCUUGUUCGGAUAGUAAACAACACGCUAACACGCAUGCGACUUUUCGAUCGGUCUAAUAUUUUUGUCCACACCGAACAAACGUAGUUUAUUUGUUUCGAGGAACGAGAAAUGAAAUUGGAUUAUUUCAACAAGAUACAUUUCGUGUUUCCCAAAACAAAAGUCGAGCGAAAUGAGCCAAACAUGCAUCUUCCGACGUUGUUACCGAAGAUUGACAGUGCGGCUUCCCUAGCGAUCUUCUUGAUUUAAGCAUGACCAUUUAUAUUAAAGAAAGUUUCUUAAGGCAGUGUUUCGUUCGUUAGCCCUUCAGAUUUGCUCUGACGAAGGGCUAACGGUUGAAACGUCAGCUCUAGAGUCUCUUUCCGUUGGCCAUCGAUAAAACCAUCAUACCCCUGCUAAUCGCCGACGCAGUAACACAGUUUCUCAAGAAACGUUCCCUCUUUACUUAAACUAAAUAUUCUAGAUUACCUCAACGAGUUCCUUUGAUAGGAAUAUCCGGGCUGAGCCUCAAAUCGCUAAUUCAGCUUGUUAAAAGUUUUAUGAUGACGGUUGAUUGACACUCAGCACGGCUCUGUUUCUUUGACAUGCGAUCCCCUGCUUGUUUCGGCCCCACAAACUGCAGCUGCAGCUAAUAUCAUAAUUAAUUUCUAGUCCUUUGAGUAUUUGCGGCCUCACGGCAAGAUCAGAGGAAUCGCCAAAAAUAGUAGUAGGAAAUAGAGCUUCUUCUCUUGGCGUCGGUUAAAAAACAGAUGAAGGUUGACGAUAACGGUCUCUCAUCGAAGAGCUGAUGUAGGAAAUCGAAGAUUGGCACCUUGCAGUUUACCUUGCAUCGAAUGUGCUGACCCGUGUUGCCCCAAGCCACCUCGGCCGCGCCUGUCAUUCAUUACCAACUGUUGACCUUUCGAUUGUUUUUAUUGCUUGAACAAUUAUCUUUAGGCGCACAAGCGUAAACUAUGGCUGAGAAGGCAGAGGAUAGCGACGGCAUGCUCAUGGACGAGGUGGACCUGAAAGUAAGGUACCAGCAUGAAAGAUCUUGGCUUUCUGGAGGAAAGCUGGUGAUUUUUGGGCUCAUUGCAUUGGGAGUUUGUCUCAUCAUAAUCGGAGUCAUUCUACUCGCGCUGGCACAUUUUGCGAACCGGGAAUGCAGUGGAAAGGGACCUGAGGUGCCUACAACAGGGCAACCCACUCAGCAAAUACCUAAGCGAUGCGAAUUUUCAGUGGAAGCCCAGAGAGUUGGCCUCGAUGAAUUUUUGAAGAAAGUGAAAUCAACAUACUUUCAGUUGCAUCCGUUUAGUAUUCCGUUCCAUCCAGACAUGAAUACAGAUUUGUUAGCAGGUUCCGAGAGGAUCAAAAGAGACUAUGAGGCGUACGAUCCGACUCCAUCUGUGAUCAAAAAUCGCACCGAUGUGUCUUGGGCUUUGCUUGAAGAAAUUACGCGCAAAACCGAGCAUGUCAAAAUGAACGCCUUGUUGCCAAGAGAAAGGAAAUCCUUGGCGCAAGUGAAGCACUACCUUCAACACACGUUCGGUCAACCAUAUGAUGUAAACUAUUACGCCGGGGAUUGGAUGAUGGGACCGAAUUUAUUCUGCUGGCAACCUAUUUGCUAUCACGGGUACGACUUUUACAACGCCAUAAUUCACCAUAGACCCACCAACGAGGCAGACGUGAAACUUAUCAGAUCUAAGCUAGCGACGCACCAGAGAGGAAUUUUGCAGUACAUCGACAACAUGAAAAUGGGAGUUCGGAAAGGCAUGAUUCGAAGCAGGGAGGAAUGCGUCGCCGGCACAGAUUCACUGAAAAGAAAAUAUUUGAAUGUUUCCCUCUACAAUGAGACAGGUAUUUGGAAAGAGUGGUUUGUUGAACCUGCCAUUCAUCCUGAGUUCUACAGCUUAAUACCUGUGGAAGUUGACCAGGCUUGGAAGAAAGAGCAUGGCAAGAAUAUUAAUGAAACAAUUAAAGACUAUCUAUUGACUUAUCUUGGAAAACCCCUGCAUCAGCUUAUCUGGUAUUUAGAAAAUGAAUACAUUCACCAUUGUGUACCAAGUAAUGUUUCAAGUGGAUUAGGAAGACUGCCGCUGAGUCAUGUUUGGUAUGAUGGUGUAGAAGACAAGAACAACUCAACAAAUUCAACUUUGCCAACCGGUGAAAGUCUGAAUGGUCCCAAGGCAUACAGCCUAAUCAUGCCAUACUUCACCACUAAUAAUAUGAAUGCAUCUGAUGUUCAUGACCUGGGAAAAAAGCAAUUAGAAAAACUGUAUCCAUUGGUGGUAGAAAUAGCCAAAGAAAUGACAGGUACAAAUGAUAGUGAUUUGGCUGUGAAACUCUUCAGAGAGAGGCUUAACUCCACUGAAAGCUUUUUUAAUGAUGCACCAAUUCCAGCAAAUGAGUCAAACAAAGAGGCGCAUAAAAGAUGCAGCGAUCUUACUGGUGCAGAAAAGUAUUGCCCUAAACGGUGGGCUGCGAUGCAAUUAUGGUUCAAGGAAGCCAGAAGGGUAAUGAGCAUGCUGGAUCCAAAAACUGUGGAUAUGUUCUACUUUACUGGUCCUAAACAUACCACACCCAACUGCCCUGUGGACCUCCUACCCGACCUCAACCCAUCUAGUGGAGCACAAAGUUAUGAAAAUAGUGACCCACAGUGUUCAAGGAAUGCCAUCUACAAUAUUCCAUUUUUCUUGGAAAAUCUGGGCCCAAGGUUCUCUGAAUGGAGUGUGAAUGCUCAUGAGGCAAGGCCUGGACAUCAUACACAGGUUCAGGGAACUAUUGAGCAUUUUCAAGAUGGCUGUAGUGAUGCCCUCACUUGGCUAGACACAGAGACAUAUUACACAGCCUUCACAGAGGGCUGGGCACUGUAUGCUGAGAAUCCGCUUAUAGCUGAGGACACAGACACAUAUGAUAAUGAGCCUAUGCAGAAGUUUGGCAUGUUAAAGUGGCAGAUUUGGCGGGCCUUGCGAUUAAUCGUGGACACCGGACUCCACUAUUACCCUAACUUUACCAGAGAAGACGCUCUUUGGUAUUUCGACAAAUUUGCUUGGGAUAACACGGACUUGGCGCAAAAGGAGGUGACUCGGUACCAGAGCGACCCCGGACAAGCCACGGCUUACAUGAUCGGUCAGCUUGAUAUUAAAAGUUCCAGAGACUUUGCCAAAGAAAAGUUGCAGGGAAAUUUCUCUUUACGCGAUUUUCAUUACCAGGUUCUAGCACAAGGGUCCUCACCACUCGCUUACCUCAAGGACCACAUCGAGAGGUACGUUGAUUGUGUGCAAGACAAUGCAAAGGAAGGGUGUGCCAUCAUCCUUAAUGCGCCAAAGAAGGCUUCUGUUGCAAAGCGACGAGUAAAGGGUAGCCGCUGGCCAGUCAUACCACGACCACAUCAACACUACUUAUUAAUCAUGGAGUUUUCCAAAAGCUCCGAAAAGAUGGUCAUUCCAGAUUCGGAAAUAAAGGUUUCAGGAGGACGAUCGAAAGAGAGAAUGAUCACAAUGGCAAUUUUUGGUAUAGGUGUCAUCCUGUUCAUCGUGGGAAUCGUGCUGAUUGCAGUUGCAACAGCCGACAAGAAUGAGACCGAGAAAUCUGCAGGCAAUACAUCCACUGAUAAACAAGGACAGACCGAGGAAACCACCGCACCCCCAACAGAGGCAACCAUUGCAACAACAACAACAACAAAGACACCCCUUACAACAACGACCCAAGCUCCUUCAGGUCAAUGUGAUUUCUCUGAAGAGGCACAGCGAGUGGAGCUUGGCGAGUUCCUAAGUCGAGUGAAAGCUACAUACUACAAACUUCAUCCCUACGAAGUUUAUUGGAACCCUGAUGCAACCCUGAGCGAGAUCCGACAAGAAUUUGUUGCCUACGAUCCUACUCCGUCUGUGAUUAAAAAUCGAACCGACACUGCCCUGGAAUUGCUAAAGGAAAUCAGCGAUACGAAAAUCAUUGCUGAUGCGUUACAACCCCGAGAAAGGAAAGCACUGGCUCAGGUGAAGCACUAUCUGCAGCAUAUAUUCGGCCAACCUUAUGACGUAAAUUACUAUGCAGGAGACUGGAUGUUGGGACCGAAUUUGUUUUGCUGGCAGGAAAUCUGCUACCAUGGAUAUGCUGUUCAUAAUGGCAUAGGGCUGCACCACAAACCUUACAAUGCAUCCGACGUGGAGCUCAUAGAAAAGAAGCUCAAAACUCACAAAGCAGGCAUUUUGCAAUACAUCGAGAACAUGAAGAUGGGAGUACGGAAAGGAAUGGUCAGAAGUAUAGAAGAGUGUGAAGCUGGUAUUAACACAAUCAAAAGACAGUAUUUGAAUGUUUCACGAUACAACGCAUCAGGCGUGCUUAAAGCAUGGUUUGUGAAACCAAUACUGGAUCCUGAUUUCUACAGUAACAUCACAGAAGAGACUGAAACAGACUGGAAGGCGGCACACGGCGAAAAAAAUGUCAGCGAUAGUAUAAAGGAAUAUCUGGUGACAUAUGUGGGAGAACCACUUGAACAGAUGUUAAGGUACAUUGAAUAUGAACACUUUCGUCAUUGCGUUCCAAGCAACGUAUCUAGCGGUUUAGCUGGUCUUCCGCUGAAGUAUGUUUGGCUUGAUGGCAAAGAGAACACGUCCCAGCCCACAGAUCCACUCUUGCCCACAGGUGAAAAGUUGAAUGGAUCGUUCGCCUAUUCCAAAAUCAUGUCGUACUUCACAACAAAUGACAUGACUCCGAUGGAAGUUCAUGAACUUGGAAAACGGCAGCUCGCUAUUCUCUAUCCUAUGGUUGUCGAUGUUGCAAAACUUGUUACCGGAAUGAACGAUAAUGACACAGCAGUAGCGAUGUUCAGAAAAAAACUAAACUCAUCUGAGAGUUAUUUUAAUCCGGAACCAAUCCCUAAAAAUGAGUCUGAUAAAGAGGCACACAAGAAAUGUAGCGAUAUUGAAGGAGCCAAAAAGUAUUGUCCCAAGCGAUGGGCUGCUCUAGAGUUGUGGAUGGCGGAAUCUAGGAAGGUGAUGAGUUUGCUGUCACCAAAGACGAUUCCCUUAUUCCACUUUACUGGGGACUAUGCGACUACACCCAUCUGCCCGGUUGAUAUGCAGCCCAAUCUGAAUCCGUCCAGUGGAGCUCAAAGCUAUCAAAGUGCGGGUUCAGCCUGCACAAGGAGCGCCAAGUACAACCUUCCAUUUUUCUUGGAAAAUUUGGGUCCCAGGUUUUCUGAAUGGAGCGUGAACGCACACGAGGCGAGGCCAGGACAUCAUACACAGGUUCAGGGUAACGUGGAACACUUCCGUGACAUUUGCGGCGGUGUUAUUGGUUGGCUUGAUAGUGUCACGUACUACACAGCGUUUACAGAAGGGUGGGCUUUGUACGCUGAAAACCCACUAAUAGCUGAGGAUACAGACACUUAUAAGACAGAACCUAUGCAGAAGUUUGGAAUGCUGAAGUGGCAGGUAUGGCGAGCACUUCGUUUGAUUGUUGACACUGGUUUGCAUUACGUUGGAUUCUCGCGGGAUAAGGCCCUGGAAUACUUCAGUAAAUAUGCUUGGGACGAUACAGACCUUGCAAAGAAAGAGGUGACUCGGUAUCAGAGCGACCCAGGACAAGCAACCGCUUACAUGAUUGGUCAGUUGCAGAUCAAGAACGCUAGAAAUUAUGCCAAAACUGAAUUGGGAGACAAUUUCAGUUUGCGAGACUUCCACUAUCAGGUUCUUGCUCAGGGGUCAUCUCCUCUAGCGUACCUAUCUGAUCACGUGAAAAAAUAUGUGGCGUGCGUCAAGGACAAAACGAAAACAGGCUGUGAUGUCAUCCUGAAACCACCAAAGAAAGGAGGAAAAGGAGAAAGCAAAAGUAGGCCGCUGGGAAAAGAUACCGAAACCCAUUGUGCACCAUAUAUAAUGUAUAAGUGAACAACAAAGAAUGACAGAAGGAUGCUUUUGUAAUUUGAAUAAGCCACGCACCUUAAUGUAAGCUCUGCAUCGCUAAAACGUUUACAUAAUAGAUUCUGUUGAUUUAGUUUGAAUGACCAUGAACAACUGUGCGUUUAUUGUAGUGGACAGUGAUGGUGAAGAAUGAACUCCAGCCUGAACACAUUUAACAUGGCUUAAGUCCUCAGUUGUAAUUAUCUUUAGCGUGAGACGUUUCUUGUCCGUAGCAUUUAUUAUACUACCCAUUAUAUCGAAAUGAUUCCUCGUUUUUGUAAAUUUAACAAGCGAGUUUUAGAUGAUGUAGCAUCUUCACGAUUGUUGAGAUACAUUUUGCGAACUUGCAAAACAAAAGUUUGUCUGUAUAGGCUUGAUUAGAAUUUAAUUUUAUCGUAUUCUCCAACCAUUAGGGCGAAAUGAAUUAAUCAUCUGCAUUUCAAAAUAGUAAAAGGAAAAGGAAUAUUAUGUUUUAGAUUUGUUGA